AAUCUGACACGAAACAAAAAUUCCACCCCACUAUCACCCCCACCACCAACCACAAGCUAUAUCACCCCAGCGAUCCCUCACCAUAACACAUAACACCAAAUUGCGAUGCUAAAAAAAUCUGCCCCCCUCUGCUUAACCGCGCUCCGCAUCUCCACCCCCUUCCCACCAGCAACCAACACCCUCCUACACACAUAUCGCAAUGCCUCCACCUCCACCACCGCCAGCGGCAGCAGCAGCAGCGCAAGCCCCACAAAAACCGCAACCUCCCCCCAACCCAACCAAAAACUAGACUGGAACGCCUUCCUACAGCUCCGCAAGCAACGACGGAGGUACAACCUCGUAUCAUCACUCUUCACCAGCGCCGUCGGCACAACGGCGGGCGUCAGCUACCUCGCCAAUAAGGAGAUCGACCCGACGCAGAUGAUAAUGGGCAUGGACCCGAUAAUCCUCUUUGGGCUUGCCACCGUUAGUUGUGGUGCUCUGGGGUGGCUUGCUGGACCGGUUUUGGGGAGUAGUGCGUUUUCAGUGGUCAAGAGGAGGGUUAUGGGGCAGAUCAAUGAGGUAUGUAAUUCCCUUGCCAUUCCUCUCGGAGGGGGGAAGGGGGCGCUAAUUGGAAACAGCGAGAGCGGGAAUUCCUCCAACACAUCAAGAAGAAUCGCGUCGACCCCUCCUUCCAAAGCUUCAGUAAUCCAGUCCCAGAUUACUACGGGGAGAAGAUUGGGAGUAUCAAGCAGUACAAGCAAUGGCUGAAGGAUCAGAGGGCGUAUAAUCGGAAGAGUAAGAGUUUUUUGUGAAGGUCUCCUUCUCUUACAAUACGUUUCUGUAGCCAUAGAAGAUGAAAGUGGAAGAUGGGAGGGGGGGGAGGUGAUGGGGGUUUUUGUACAGUUUCACUCCUACCGCUUUAGUCCUUUUAUUCUUUCCUCCUUUUUUCUUUUUUUUCUCUCUCUUCCUUUUUUUAUACAACAUCGCUUCUUGCUGCUUACUACCGGUUUGGUAAAGUAUAUAUUCCUUUAUUUCUUGCUUUGUUUCUCGACUGUAUUGGACUUCUGACGUAUUGGCGAACGAACGAGCUUAGGAUGGAAAGAAGGGAAAGAGCAGUAAAUUAGGU